AGUUCUUUAAUGUCGAGCUGUUUGAGUCCGGGCAACAAAACGAUGCUGUACAUACGUGCUCUUCAUUGUAUGGUUUCGUUUUAGGAAUCAGGGGUCAAGAUUCACAGAUAAAAGUUCGAAGUUAGUAAUUUCAUAAUUUCACCACAGCUCGUGUUCAUUUUGCUUUUUUUCGAAAACCUGGAAAAAAAACCCUCCGGUUCGGGUCAGCUCUGUAUCGAUCGGAUGGUCUCUUUGAGAGAUGUCGAACUGGUUUAGAGCUUCAUUCCCGCGACAGUAAUGGCGCAAAAACUUCAGCAGCAGCUAAAAGAGGUGGGAUCGAAGCUCGAAAAUCCUCCAGCUUCAAAAGAUGCGCUAAUUAAGCUUUUAAAGCAAGCUGCUAGUUUUCUGUCUGAGUUGGAUCAAUCUCCAUCACCAUCGAUGUUGGAGUCACUGCAACCUUGUCUCAAUUCUAUAGUCAAGCCAGAACUGCUGAAACAUCAAGACAAGGAUGUCAAACUUCUUGUGGCAACCUGCAUUUGUGAGAUAACCCGAAUUACUGCACCUGUAGCUCCUUACAGUGAUGAUGUUCUAAGGGACAUUUUCCACUUGAUUGUAGGUAUUUUUAAUGGAUUAGGUGAUAUCAAUGGGCCAUCAUUUGGAAGGAGAGUUGUUAUAUUGGAGACUCUUGCAAGAUAUAGGUCAUGUGUUGUGAUGUUGGAUCUUGAGUGUGAUGAUCUAGUGAAUGAAAUGUUCAGUACUUUUUUUUGUGUAGCCAGUGAUGAUCAUCCAGAAAAUGUAUUAACAUCAAUGCAGACGAUCAUGGUACUUCUCAUAGAAGAAAGUGAGGAUGUUCUGGAGAACUUAUUACUUGUUCUAUUAUCUGUUUUAGGCCGGGAAAAAAGUGAUGUUUCUAUGGCUGCACGGAGGCUUGCUAUGAAUGUUAUAGAACAUUGUGCAGGAAAACUUGAACCUGGCAUAAAGCAGUUCCUUAUAUCAUCAAUGUCAGGGGAUAAUAGUUCUCUGAAUAGUCAGCUUGAUUACCAUGAAGUUAUCUAUGAUAUUUAUCGAUGUGCUCCUCAGAUUCUUUCUGGAAUCAUCCCAUAUAUUACAGGAGAACUUUUGGCAGAUCAAGCAGAUAUUCGCUUGAAAGCAGUAAAGUUACUAGGAGACCUGUUUGCUCUACCAGAUUCUAUCAUCUCUGAAGCAUUUCAGCCAGUAUUCUCUGAAUUUCUGAAGAGGUUGACUGAUAGAGUAGUAGAGGUUAGAAUGUUUGUCAUUGGGCAUGUGAAGAGCUGUUUGCUUUCUGAUCCUUUCAGACCUGAAGCUCCUCAAAUCAUUGCUGCCCUUAGUGAUCGGCUGUUGGACUAUGACGAAAAUGUUAGGAAAGAAGUUGUUACAGCACUCUGUGAUGUGGCUUGUCAUACCUUGAAAUCCAUUCCAGUUGAAGCCAUAAAACUUGUUGCGGAGCGUCUUCGAGACAAAUCUUUACUUGUUAAAAGAUAUACAAUGGAGAGGCUUGCUGAAAUAUACAGAAUUUAUUGCUUGAAGUGUUCUGAAGGAACAGUUAGCUUUAAUGAAUUUGAUUGGAUACCUGGGAAGAUAUUGAGAUGUUUUUUUGACAAGGAUUUCAGAUCAGAGACAACUGAGGCUGUUCUUUGUGGAUCCUUGUUCCCCACUGAAUUCUCAAUCAAAGACAAGGUGAAACAUUGGAUUAAAGUCUUCCCAGGGUUUGACAAAAUUGAGGUUAAGGCACUUGAGAAGCUACUGGAGCAAAAGCAGAGGUUACAGCAAGAAAUGUUGAAGUAUCUCUCUCUUAGGCAGAUGAAUCAGGAUGGCGAUGCCCCUGAGUCCCUAAAGAAAAUUUUUGUUUGCUUCCGGAUCAUGUCCCACUGCUUUCCUGACCCUACUAAGGCUGAGGAGAAUUUUCAGAUUCUUGAUCAACUGAAAGAUGCUAAUGUUUGGAAAAUUUUGUCAAAUUUACUUGAUCCUGGCACUAGUUUUCAGCAAGCUUGGACCUCUAGGGAUGAAUUGCUUGGGAUCCUUGGCGAAAAACACCGACUUUAUGAUUUUUUGGGAAUACUCUCAAUGAAGUGCUCUUAUCUACUCUUCAACAAGGAGUAUGUUAAAGAACUCCUUUCAGAGAUUUCUGAACAAAAGUCAGCAGGCAGUACACAACUAAUUCGAUCAUGCAUGGAUCUACUAGUGAUUAUUGCCCAUUUUUCUCCGUUGCUAUUAAGUGGGAUUGAAGAAGAACUGGUGAAUCUUCUUAAAGAGGACAAUGGAAUAGUUAAAGAAGGUGUUCUGCAUGUUCUGGCAUGGGCUGGAGGAACCAUCCGGGAACAAUUAUCAAUGACUUCUAGUUCAGUAGACCUUAUAUUAGAGAGAAUAUGUUUAGAGGGUAACCGAACAGAGGCCAAGUAUGCUGUACAUGCCCUAGCAGCAAUAACAAAAGAUGAUGGCCUUAAGUCUCUCUCUGUUCUAUACAAGAGGCUUGUUGAUAUGCUAGAUGAGAAGACACAUCUUCCUGCAAUCCUACAGUCUCUGGGAUGUAUAGCACAGACUGCAAUGCCAGUUUUUGAAACUAGGGAGAGUGAAAUUUUAGGGUUUAUAACAGGCAAAAUUCUUGAGUGCAGUAAUAAGGAAGAGAAAAAUACUCAAAGCUGUUGGGACAACAGAAGUGAACUUUGUUCAUUGAAGAUUUUUGGUAUUAAAACAUUGGUGAAGAGCUACUUGCCUGUUAAGGAUGCUCAUUUGCGUCUUGGGAUUGAAAAUCUCUUGGGAAUCCUUAAAAAUGUUCUUACUUUUGGAGAAAUUUCAGAAGAUAUAAAAUCAAGUCCUGUUGAUAAGGCCCAUUUGAAGCUUGCUUCAGCAAAAGCAGUCCUACGUUUAUCAAAGCACUGGGAUCAUAAAAUACCCAUUGAUGUUUUUCAUUUAACCUUGAAAACGUCAGAGGUUCUCUACCCUCAAGUUAAGAAACUUUUCCUUGGAAAAGUACAUCAGUAUAUAAAGGAUCGACUUCUUGAUGCAAAGUAUGCUUGUGCAUUUUUGUUAAAUUUAACUGGAUCUCAGGGGCCAGACAUUAAAGAGGACAAACAUAAUCUAGUUGAAGUUAUUCAGACGUGCCACCAAGCAAGAGCACGCCAGCUUUCCAUGCAAUGUGAUGCAAAUCUGUUGUUGACAUAUCCGGAAUACAUACUUCCAUACCUAGUUCAUGCUCUUGCACAUGACUCUUCAUGUCCUAACAUUGAUGAUUGUACAGAUGUUAAAGUAUUUGAACCAAUAUUCCGGCAGUUGCAUUUAUUUCUUUCUGUGUUGAUACGUGGAGAUAAAGCUGGAAAGCCAGAAGUUAGUGCCAGCAAAGAAAAGGAGACUGUUUCUACAAUUAUCUCUAUUUUUCAUGCUAUCAAAUUAUCAGAAGAUAUGGUUGAUGUGAUGAAGUCAAAGAACUCACAUGCAAUCUGUGAUAUUGGGAUGUCAAUCACAAAGCGCCUAACUCAAAAGCAGGAAGAUUUGAAAGGAUUGACAACCUCAGUUCCACUACCUCCGGCACUGUAUAAACCAGUUGAGAAUAAAGAAGGGAUUGACUCUUUGACCACUGAGAGGCCAACAUGGUUGGCUGGUGACAGUGUCUUGGACCAUCUUGAAUCAAUUGAUUUGGAAACUAAUGGAAUGGUUCAUUCAGAAAUUCCCGAGGAUGAAAACGUUCUGAAGGCUAGUGAUAGAGAUGAGAAUGAAAUAACCCUUGGGAAGAUGAUAAAACGUUUAAAAUCUCAGCGAGCCAAAACUAGAAAAGUAGUGAAGAAGAAGACUUUACCAGACGGAAGAAAAAAAUCAAAAAAUGAUGUUGAUAUUUUGGGAAUGGUGAGGGAAAUAAAUUUGGAUAAUUUGGAAAGAUCCAAUAACUUGGAAUCAGGCAAUGGUCAUGAAUAUUUUGCAAGUGGAGAAACAGAAAAUGAUCAAACAAUGAAUGAGGAAAUUCCCAAAACACAGAGAAGGAAAAGAAGGAAAACUAAUGAUUCAAUAACUAUGGCAAUACCAAAACGGAAGAGGUCAUUAUCUUCUCAGGAUGUUCACAAUUCAUCUCACUUGAGCUCUUCCAAGGGUCUGAAGAAAACUUUAGAGGACAAUUCAAAUCACAUAUCUAUGCGAUCUAUCAAAUUUGAUGUGGAAGCCCACACUGAUUCAGAAGAUGAUAUGUCACCAAAGAAAGAAAUGGUUGAACCUACCGAAUCUGGUUUGCUGGGUUCAUGCUUGCCAACAAACAAAAGCUUCUCAUCAAAACGUAGGGGCAAACGGACUGGUCAGGAUUUGAAUGAAACAUCACAUAAAAAUGGGAGAACUGAUAGCCAUGUGGUUAAGAAGCCAAGUGCGCUUCAGACUGAUGAUAAUAAUUCAAUUGAUACUACUAAAGCCUCAAGAGGAAAUGUUAGGAAGCGGAAAAGAAGAAGUAUUGCGGGAUUAGCAAAGUGUUCAUUGAAGGAAACUGGGGAUUAUGGUACAAACUUGAUUGGGAGAAGAAUAAAAGUUUGGUGGCCAAUGGAUAAGCAGUUUUAUGAAGGUGUGGUGCAAUCUUAUGACCAAGGAAAGAGGAAGCAUGUGAUAUUGUAUGAUGAUGGAGAUGUGGAAGUUCUCCUGUUAAAGAAGGAGCACUGGGAGCUUAUUGGUAAUGACCAUCAGCCUAGAAAGCAUCUAAAAUCACCCAAAGUUUCUUCUUCUAAUGAAAUUUCAUCUGUGAAGAAAAGAAAUAGGACUUUGGGUGAUUCAAUGCAGAAUAAGAAAUCCUCUAAUAAAUCUUCAUCUUCUAGAAACAGAAGGAAAAUAACUUUCAGAAAAAAUGUGGAACAAGAAAAGAAUGCUAUGCUAGAAAAUAACUUUGAUGCUGACUUUAGUGAAGGUGAUUCUAAGGACAAAAAAAUGAAAAGAUUAGAGAACAGCCAGACAGACACAGAGGAACCUGACAAAGAAGAUAAGUCAGUUUCUGAAGGGAAACUGGUAGAAGAUGCAGAGAAAGGUGGAAUGGAUACAGAAGAAUCUGCCAAGGAAGAAGAGUCAGAUUAUGAAGGUACCACAGAGAAGAGUCGAAUGGAUGCAGAGGAAUCCAACAAAGAAGAAACGUUAGAUUCUGAAAGGAAACAGAUAGAAGAAACAGAGAGGAGCCAAACUGAUGCAGAGGAAUCUAGCAAAGAAGUGCAAUCAGAUUCUGAAGGGAAACAGGAAGAAGAGAGAGUGAACUCAACAAACCAAAAUGAAUCUAACGAUGAGGAGAAAUCAGAUGCAUCCAGUUCUGAGAACAUUGAAGAUUCUGAUAAUGAGCCUCUCAGCAUGUGGAAGCAUCGGGCAAGGAAAGCAACCUAAAGCAGUGAACAGACGUUCCAUUUCAAGAUAGACAUGACGCCAUGGCUGCACUCUUAUGAUUAGCGUCAAGACAAUUGUUGCUGGAUCUGAGGGAUGAAUACUAUCUAACUGAUAAACAACACUUAAAUUCUCUCACAUUUUAGGCCUGUGUAUCAUGUAUCAUAGUUGUUAAUGUCCCACAUUUUUGUAACAUUAUUGUGUUCUCCGUGUUGGGAUUAUGUGAUUUGUACGAGCUAGUUAUGGAGGCACAUCAAAGAACCAGUCCACUACGGACUAAUGUACAGUUAUAAUAGGUGGACUAUAUAUAAUAUUGGUGGGACUUGUAUUCUGUAA